AUGGAGCUGUUGCAGCGGAAUCGAGCUUGGGUGAAAUUGGCGAUUGAUCGCGCUUACAAGGCUGCCAAGCAACCGACCGAAGCCCCUACCAGGGAAUCUCUUAUGUAUAGGCUUGAAAAAUUGGAAGCUGCCUAUAAGGACUUUAUGAGUAUGAGUCAAGAAUUGUACGCAUAUUCUGCGGAAGAUAACUUCGUCGACCCUAUUGAAGACAUUGAGCAAACGGAGGAGAAACAUUUUCAAACACAUGCACUCCUGCAUUCUCAAAUUGCUAACUUGCCAGUUUCUUCAAGUCAAACAUCUACAUUCAGGGAGGAUGACGCAAUUGAUCGUUUAGCAAUACAGCAAGCAUCAUUUUUGGAAACAUUUGCGGCUAGCCGUAGUGAGCAAAACGUUCACCUAACGAAAAUUCAGUUACCUAAGUUCAACGGGAAAUACGAGGACUGGAUUACUUUUCGCGACUUGUUUCUUAGCGCAGUGGGAACAAAGUCAGGGUUGAGCCGUACGCAAAAAUUUCAAUAUUUGGUUUCAUAUCUAGAAGGCGAUGCCUUAGCCAGCAUAAAACAUAUCCGUGUGACCGAAGACAAUUAUGAGCAGGCAUGGGACCGCUUAGUCAAAAGGUACGACCGCAAACCGCUCAUAAUUAGGUCACUGGUGCAAUCGUUUUUGGCUCUUCCCACCCUCUCUUCAACUAACACAUCGGUACUUCGCCAAAUAGUUGAUGGAGCAGAUCAAGCCAUCAGAGGUCUGGACGCGUUGAAUGUCACAUCCCGCGACCCAUGGCUAACUCAACUCUUGCUUAAUAAAUUAGACGAAGAAACGCGGAAAAAGUGGGCAGACAAAUGCGAUAACCAGAGCGAAAAAGGGUUUAGCGAGUUUCUCGAGUUUCUUUCUCAUCGCUGUGACACAUUUGAGGCGUGUUUACCUCCCCGCUCAGCCCACACACGUCGCGUCGCUUUGUUGGCAAAUGUUGAUGACAGGAAGAACAAACAAUGCGUCGUUUGCACGGACAAUCACACGCUUUGGCAAUGCGCUCAAUUCAAACAGUUAUCACCGUCGUCACGUCGGGCAGCUGUACAAAAACAAAAGCUAUGUUUUAAUUGCCUUGCCUCUACGCAUUCCGUGCGCUCUUGUCAAUCGAAGCAUAGCUGUAAAAAAUGUAGCUCACGCCACCAUACACUUCUGCAUGAUGAACGGUCUGCCCUCACGCCCUCUUCUACUUCUUUUCCUUCAUCAGCACAAAAUAGUUGGGAUCAAAAUGAGCAAGUACCUGCUGUCACUACGCAGCGUAUGCACACGCCAACACUAAAGCAAGCAGCGGUCAGCACUUUAACCUCCGUUACUGCUGCUAUGCCUCACACGUUUCUCCCAACGGUGGUGGCCGCAGUCGAUGACAAAUGGGGAAAUCGGGUAAGCUGUCGAAUAUUGCUGGACUCUGGAUCAACAAUAUCAUUUGUGUCAGAAGCCUUUGUACAACGUGUCGGUCUAUCACGUACAAACGGUCGUAUAUCAGUUUCUGGUCUAUCAGCCUGCAAUGCCGGAGUAACGCGAGGUCGGGUGUACUUCACUUUAAGCUCCAAAUUGAACGACUCGACACUAGAUAUACACGCUUAUAUUCUCAGCAAGUUAACAUCGCAAAUUCCUGUUCAGACCGUGAAUAUUUCUUCAUCAUCGUGGCGAUCAAUUGUGAAACUACCACUCGCUGACCCUACAUUCGCUGAAUCAGCACCAAUUGAUGUAUUGAUUGGCUCCGAUCAGUUGUGGAGCAUUUACACUGGCGAGCAAAAACAGUUCGGGCCUAACAUGCCGAUUUUGCUGAAUAGCGUGUUUGGUUGGGUGGUAGCUGGAACGCAUUUUACCGAAAGCGAAGCUAACUUAACUGCUGCAACUCAUCAUGCUACCGUUAACAUUGAUGCGCUGUUUCGGUCAUUUAUGGAAGUCGAGGAUGUCAAACCUACACCAGAAAAGAUCAAUAUGGCAGAUCCAGCAGAGGCCCAUUUUGUUCGUACUCACACGCGUCGUACUGACGGUACCUACGUAGUCAAAUAUCCCUUCAAGGAAAAGGCACCGGCAAUUUCAUCAACUCUUUCGCAAGCUGUCACCAGAUUACAAUAUAUGGAACGCCGUUUCAAACGUGACUCAUUUCUGAAGAGUCAAUACAUAAAUUUUAUGCGUGAGUAUUUGUCGCUUGGCCAUAUGGCCCGUAUUACGCCGCAGGAAGUUGACUGCCAUCCAUCGGAGUGUUUUUAUCUGGCUCAUCACGCAGUUCUCAAACCAGACAGCUCAACCACGAAAUGCCGAGUCGUAUUUGAUGGAUCCUGCAAAGAUUCUGGUGGCUACUCACUUAACGAGCGUUUGCAUAUUGGCCCACCCAUUCAGCGUGAUUUGUUUGGCGUGUGUAUUCGUUUUCGUCAGCAUCGUUACGUUUUCUCAGCUGACAUAGAGAAAAUGUUUCGCGGCAUUAUGGUAUCAGAUUCUGAUACUAAAUUCCAACGAAUCGUUUGGCGGGAGGAUGCGGGUUCACCAGUGGAGCAUUACCGACUACUCACGGUAACCUACGGCCUUGCUGCGUCGCCUUUUCUUGCUGUACGUGUUCUCAAGCAACUGGCAGAAGACCAUAAGGUAACCUACCCAUUUGCAGCGCGUGUAAUAUUGAAUGAUACGUAUGUCGAUGACAUAGCUACCGGAUGUGAUAACGUCGACGAGCUACUCCAGCUUAAAACUGAACUUAUCGAGCUACUAAAACGUGCAAAUUUUAAGUUACAAAAAUGGUGUUCGAAUUGCAAACCGUUGUUGGAAACCUUACCAAGAGAGCUGUGUGAGCAUAGCCCAAUCGACAUCGCUUCCGAGCCCAACAUUUUAUGUGUUAAAUUGCUUGGAAUACAGUGGAGCCCUGACACGGACGAGUUCCAGAUAGCAACUAAAUUGCCUGAGUCAUGCAGCGAGCCAACGAAGCGCAGUGUGUUAUCGACAACAGCCAAAAUCUUUGAUCCUCUUGGUCUGGUGUCACCGAGUGUCGUGCUCUUUAAAAUACUUUUACAAGAAACUUGGUGUCAAGGUGUCGACUGGGAUACUAAGCUGCCACCCACUUUGAGUGAUCACUGGAAGAAAAUACUAUCCGAGUUGCAUUAUCUCUCCAAUGUCAGGAUUCCACGUCAAAUAGCUCCAGCCGGCGUCUCAAUCGAAAUCCACGGCUUUGCAGAUGCCUCAUCGUCGGCAUACGCAGCUGCAGUUUAUAGUAGAUCCAAGCUAAGUGACGAUUCCUUCGUUGUAAAUUUAAUUGCCGCAAAAACCAGGGUUGCCCCGUUAAAGCCCCUGUCAAUUCCGCGCUUGGAAUUAAGCGCCGCUCAUUUGCUAACCAAAUUG